AUGGAUUUUCAGGUGGACAUGCGCUACGACAUUACGCACUUCGUGUUGGCGGGUCUCUACUUCUUCCUGUGCCUUCUUUCUAUCUUUUGCAUGCUACGAUUGUGCGUUGUGGGGCACUUCAAGCGAUGGCAGCUCUUCUUUCACCCCAUCUUCUUCUUGGGCACCCUCGUCCGCAUGGUGUUCUUCCUCUUGCAGCCGCUCGUCAUGGAGCGAGAGAUACACAUCCCCAACAAGGCCAACAUGUUUAUGAACUCACUGCCGUCCUGGUUCUUCUUCACCGACUACCUCAUCGUGCUCUUCCUCUGGGCGGAGAUCUAUCACUUCGCCCGAGGCGGUGAACUGACGAUCAAGAAGCUGAGUCCCGUGUUCUGGUCGCUGACCAUCACGAUGUACUGCGCUGUCAUCCUUCUCUACGUCUUCGAUGCCACCUUGAUGCAAUCCGAAGACACGUCGUUCUCGAAAGCAGGCAACCCUGUGGAAGAGACCUUGCUCAUCGUGGACGCGGCCAUCUUCAUAUGCUCUUCAUUAGCGUUCAUGAUUUAUGGAACGGCGAUCUACCUGAGGCUGGUGCACUCCGUGCCCACCGCCAACCGCCGCUCACUGCUGAGGCGGAUCCAAAUCAUGACCACGAUGAUUUCUUUCGGCUUCUGCUGUCGGGCCGUCAUCAUCCUGCUCAACGUCUUCGUCUUCCCCGACAUGUCCGAGCGCUGGUGGUUCGACCUCGCCUAUUUCACGGCGCUGGAGUGGUUCCCGCUGUUGGUGAUGCUCGGGAUCCUGCACAAGGCCUCCAACACCAAGAAGACGAUUCGGACGGUGCAGCCUGUCAACGCCACGAAGCGCAGCGUUCAGCACGGCUAUGGCAGCAGCUACAGCAACAGCAACCGGACGAGUUCAUCUGACAACGAGCACGCCGGGCUGCUCAACCCUUGA